AUGGAAGGUGAUUCUCUUCCUCUUCCGUAUGGUUUUCUGCGCGAUCACUACUACUGGACGAGCACUUAUAUUCGUGUUCACCGCGCUGUUACGUCCCUUUCUCCCGAAAAUGCGCAGACAGGAGAAAAAGAACCUCUGAGUCACGGGGUAUGGCUGCUCUCACUCGAUACAAUCAAAGGAAAGAAGCCAGCUUCUUUAAUGCUUCACUAUCAGUACACUAUCUCCGAAGAACAUGAGAAAAAUCCGCGGGCCCUUGACGUCAUCGACGAGUUGAAGAAGAAAAAGUGA